AUGCAUCCAACCUUCGCCUGCUUCGUCCUCGCCGUCUUCUGCAUUUCGGUCCUCUCCACCAAGGCUCUCCGCCUGAGCCAGAACGCACACUCGUUUAACACCGUCGCCUUCGCCAUCUAUCUGCCUAUCCUCUUCAUUCCCGACUUGCUGCUCAUUUCCGCCGAGUGGUUACUGCUGCGCCGCAAGAAUGGCAUUCUGCUCUCGGUUCUCGGCGUCACCGCCGCUUGCUUGAUCAGCACCACAACGCUCUUCGCUGCCACGUCGCAGCUUAGCUUCUGGUGGCAGACGGGCGGCGACAUUGAAUGGGCCGACGCAGCCGCCUUCGCACUGCACGAUGAGGGCCGAAAGGUUCUCAUGAGCGGCUCCGGCACGGCCAUGGCCAUCGGUAGCGCCAUUGUCGUCGCCGCCUGGAUCUUGAAGGGCAUUUUGUGCCGCUCCAUCAGCGCGUUUGUUGCCGCCGUAGAGGCCCGCAUGCUCGCUCUGCUACGCUGGACCACCGGAAAGCUGGGUCGAACAAAGCCUAUCAAGGGAAAUGGUGAUGAGAACUCUCUGCUGCCCAUGCGAGAGAUAUACAGCAAUGAUUCCGACUCUGAUUUCGACGAUGAUGCUUCCAGCGACCGCACUCUCCCUGUCGGCGAUGGCAGCCCACCACCCGAACGCCCGGUGGCGCGUCGACGGGUCGUUUCCUCCUUUCUGGCCGGCACUGUCAUUGCCGUCUUCCUCGCUUCGGCACUCAUCUUUGACACGGAUGGGCCCUAUGGCCGUGUACUGACAACCCUCCCCCUCCCUUUGCUCGACAUCUUUAGAGGCAAGACCAUUAGCUGCGAUGGCAGCACCUGGCCACUUCCCGACCUCGUCGAUAAAGUGCUAUGGGAGAAGCCCAAGGGCGAAUUCAAGGGGUGGGCACCCGCCGGCGUCGACAACCGCUUCAUCCAACAGUACCGCGAGCGCAAGCCUGACUGGGUACCUAUCAACCUACCCUCCGGCUUCGAGCGCUGGGACCCUAAGCAGAGGCAGAGAGCGAAGGAAGCCGCUCAUUCCGACCCCUCCGCAACUGCGACGGGCCUACCAGCGACCACUCCCACGCCAGGUCGCGACCGGUGCCCCGACCCCCUCAUUGAAGACCCUUUCUACAACCCUGUCAACGACCCCAUGAAGAUCAGCAACCUGGACACGGAUCUCUUGCAGCCGCUUCAAAAGGCCCUGGAGGGUGUCAACAUAAGACACAUUGCCCUUAUACAGAUGGAGAGCAUGCGGGAGGAGUUGUUUCCUCUGCAGUACGGAUCCGACUUGCACAAGCUGCUCAUGAAGUCGCAUGAGGAGAUCGAACUAGACGCAGCGAAUGCUAGGUUUGCCAAUUUGACAGUCAACAUUGAACGGCUUACGGGAAAGUCGGGAAACUUUCAAAAUGGUGCGGGCGAGGCUCUUGCGGGCAUGUCACAGGAGUGGGACGACAAAACCGAGCCCAGGUACGGCGGCAUCAACAUUAUUGGCGCCCAUACCACCAGCAGCGUCUCGACCAAAAGCACGGCCGCGAUUCACUGCGGCCUCUGGCCCAUGCCCGUUGACAUGUUUGAGGAGUCGCAGUUGCCCAACUAUCAGCCCUGUCUGCCUCAGCUCCUCGAGCUCUUCAACAGGAUGAAGGGCAAUUCGUCGGGCAAAGACUUUCGCGAGCAUCAGUGGUAUCCCGCCUUCUUCCAGUCCGUCACCGAUGGGUACGACAGACAGGACCAGUUUGACGACCGCAUUGGUUUCAAGCACAUUGUGACCAAGAAGCGCCUCAAGGUGGACUCGUUCCGCAACCCCGAUCUUCAAGAGAUCAACUAUUUUGGGUACCCUGAGACGGCGCUCAAGAGCUACAUUCGCGACUAUAUUACGAAUGCGACAGCCCACGACCAGCGCAUGUUCUUGUCACACUUUACGAGCACGACGCACCACCCGUGGGCGACGCCCGAGGGCUUCGAGACGGUCGAGUACAUGGGCUCAGCCCAUGGCGGUCUAGCUGACGCGCACAAGGACAUGAACAAGUACCUCAACACGAUACGGUGGACCGACGCCUGGCUGGGCGACCUGAUGAAGUUGCUCGAGGAGACUGGUGUAGCCAACGAGACGCUGGUUGUCUUCGUUGGCGAUCACGGACAGGCAUUCAAGGAGGACCACAAGAAAACGGGCACUUACGAGAACGGGCACAUCAGCAACUUCCGCGUGCCCAUUACGUUCCGUCACCCCAAGAUCCCGCGCGUGCAGCAUCACGUCAACUCGACGUCCAUCAGCAUUCUGCCCACGAUCCUCGACCUUCUCAUUAAUACACGAUCCCUGAACAGCAAGGACAGGGCGGCGGCAUCGGACUUGAUCCAGGAUUACGAGGGCCAGUCUCUCAUUCGGCCCUACAAGUCGACGUAUCGCGGACGGCGAGCCUGGAAUUUUGGCGUCGUGAACCCCGGCGGCAAGAUGCUGACAGUGACGUCGGCGGACGCGCCGUGGCGGGUGGUGAUGCCCCUCGACGGCAAGAGUGAAUACGUCUUCACGAACAUGGAACGAGACCCACUGGAGAAGCACCCGCGGUCUAAGUGGUCCAUCAACGGCCUCGUGUCCGACGUGAGGCGAAAUGACGGCGAGGAUGCGGCGGCUUGGCUCACCGAGGCGAACCAGGUGGCGCAAUGGUGGGGGGCGGAGCGAAAGCGACUCUGGCAGUACGAUGAACCCACCGAGUGA